CUUGCUUGGAUUUCUAGGAACUCACCAAAUGUCUAAGAGGCAAAAUUGUAGGCGACCGGAAAAAAGAAUGAUUCUUUCAAAUCCCGUCACAACAACUUGGGCAAAGACCCAUUCUCUUUGCUGUAGAUCCACCAUCGCCGGGCCGCCAUUUCCGAGCUCCACCAGAAGAAACCAUCUUCCUCAAUCUUGCUCCGCCACUCGCACUAAUGACCAGACAGAUGUCUCACCCAAGCUCGAUUUCAAGAGGUACGUCAUGGAGAAGGCGACGUCGGUGAACAAGGCCUUGGAAGGCGCAAUCUUGCUGAAGGAGCCGCUCAAGAUCCACGAAUCCAUGAGGUACUCCCUCCUCGCCGGCGGCAAAAGAAUCCGACCCAUGCUCUGUCUCGCCGCAUGCGACCUCGUCGGCGGCGACGAGGAAGCCGCCAUGCCCGCGGCCUGUGCGGUGGAGAUGGUCCACACCAUGUCUCUGAUCCACGACGACCUUCCCUGUAUGGACAACGACGAUCUGCGGAGAGGGAAGCCCACGAACCACAAGAUAUACGGCGAGGACGUGGCCGUGCUCGCUGGCGAUGCUCUACUCGCCCUCGCAUUCGAACACAUAGCCACAGCCACCAAAGGGGUUUCUCCCGGGAGAAUUUUAAGGGCAAUUGGCGAAUUGGCCAAUUGCGUAGGGUCGGAAGGUCUUGUGGCCGGGCAGGUUGUUGAUUUAUGCUCAGAGGGAGUUUCCGAUGUGGGAUUAGAGCAGUUAGAGUUCAUCCACCUGCACAAGACGGCGGCUUUGCUGGAAGGGUCAGUGGUGUUAGGGGCGAUUUUGGGCGGAGGAGGGGAUGAGGAGAUAGAGAAGCUGAGGAAGUUCGCGAGGAACAUCGGGCUGUUGUUCCAGGUGGUGGAUGAUGUUCUUGAUGUCACAAAAUCAUCGGAGGAGUUGGGGAAGACUGCCGGGAAGGAUUUGGUUGCAGACAAGGUGACAUAUCCCAAGCUGAUUGGGAUUGAGAAGUCUAAAGAGUUUGCUGCAAAGUUGAAUGAAGAGGCUCGGUCUCAGCUCUCUGGGUUUGAUCAAGAAAAGGCAGCUCCUUUGAUUGCUCUUGCCAAUUACAUUGCUCAUAGGGACAAUUGAUUCUGCUGUAAUUUGAUUAUAUGAUACUGAGAGAUGAAAAUAUGCCAUUGUUGUAUUAUAGCUAAUUGAUAUCAAUUAGCUUUUAUAGUUGAUGAAAACACUUUGUUGAAAAACAUUGAUAUAAGCAGAGAAAAGGAAUUGAAACAUUCAAAAAGUAACAAUAAACAAGUUUAUAGAGUUCAUUCUUCUGAUUUUUACUAUGCAAUAGUAAAAAUAAUGACAAUAACAAAUCGAGUCCUCUUUGAUUUCAUUCUCACCAUCUGCUGAAAAAUCCAGAGGGUCGUUGGUAUCGGCUGCCCUACUCGACUUUGUUGACUCUGGUCAAGACUUAAUUCUGGCUGCUGAUGGCAAUGUGUUUGGUUUGAUCAGGAACAUAGCUGCAGAGUGUGGUGUUGAUUUUGAUGAGGUAUCUCUCAAAGAUUGAUCUAUUGACUACUACUUUAGUUAAUUUCUUUCACUUUUUUUUUGUUAUGGACUUCAACAGUUAUGCUGGCGAAAAAUGAAAACCUUGAUGUCCAUUCUUAUUGCCUCCAUCUCUUGCUGGGUCUUCCCAUCUCAUUGGUUUCAGUAAUGCAGGUAUAUAUAUAUUUUGUUUUCAUGUUGUUAGUCCACAAACGUUAUGUACUCUUUCUUUAUAAAUUUGGUUAAUCCCU